AGACACUACAACCUGAUUGGUCUAUUUGCGACACAGGAAGUGUGGAGAUAAACAGAAGCGACUGGGUUUCCAUGGAAAUAUUUUAUACUUUCUGCAGCUUGCAUCUAGGCGUAAAUCAGUAUUAUUAUUCAGAAUUUCGUAGCUGGUUUCAUCAUUUGGUUAUUUUAUAAGGUACACGCAGCGUGAGAGGUGAGGAUGGCCGAUGUGGUUUUAGGCGUUGGGACAGGUGUGUUUAUCAUUGCUUUAAUCUGGAUAGUGACUCUCGUGCUCGCCAUCGUUCUGUCGCGCGCAACCGGUCCAACAAAGUUAGGGAUCAUCCCUAUAUUUCUUCUGGCGCUCACCAUCACACUGGUUUUAGUCUUUUUCCCUCGCGCACCUGAAGUUCCAUCCCCUGAGAGAGCAGUUCAGAUAGUGGAUAUGUUCUUCAUCGGCCGGUACGUGCUCCUGUCCUCGGUGAGCGUGGUGUUCUUGGCAGCCCUGUUCAUGUUGCUGCCCUUACAUUUCCUGGAGCCCGUGUAUGCCAAGCCCCUGAGAACACACUAGACUGUGAGGCUUCAUGUGCCAAACUCCUACAGAUAUCCCAAAGCAGGGCAGCCAACCUGGCAGCGCCGUCAUUCAACGAGCCCCGCUUGAGAUGAGAGGACAGCAGAAGGUUCCAGGGCUUUUGUCUUCCUGUCCAAAUCAGAGACGUCCACAUCUCUCUGAGAGCACAACAUAGAGUGGCCUGCAUGCAGCAUGUGCAUUGCAAACAUUUUCAGGAGGUCAAGUUUUUCAUGUAGAGUUUCAAAGUUAGAUGUGUAAUUGAAGAAUUUAUUAAUUUUCUGUUUUGUUUUUUUCUCUGAGGCUUUCUUCCUGUGUUACAAUUUCGUAAUUUUUACAGUUAAAAAGAAUAAAAUUUAUUUUUAUGUCAAA